UGUGGUGUCUUAAUCGUCGUUGAGUGUAUAAUAAAAAUGUGGUAGUUAGGUGAAAUUUUAAAGUGUUAAGCGUUUUGGGGUGGUUAUGAACGUAAUAUAUUAAUCAUAAAGUGCGAGGCGUCUAAUGUAUUCUGAAGAAUAGAAUUGUUUUUUUUUGUUGUGCAUUGUACCGGCUCCGCCUAGUUCUGUAAAGUAUUUGAACAAAAAUGUCUGAUCGGAGACAAGAGUUAGAAAGGAAGAAGCAGAAACUUGCUUUAAUUAGAGAAGAGAAAGAAAAACGUCGAAGAGAAAAAGCUAAAGAGGCUGAAGAAGCUGCGAGAUCAGUUAUAAAACCAGAGAAAGAUCUGAGAGCUCAAACAGAAGAACUUUUAGAAUCACUAGGAAUUCCUGCUAAUGAAUCACCUAUUUCUCGAGUUAGUUCUUCACCCCGCUCUGCUACUCCAGAAAUUCGAAGUUCACCUACUCCUGAUAGUCUACCAUCAUCUGCACCACAGUCUGGGUCUUGGAAUUCAAAAAAGCCUUCUCUAACAUUUGUAAAUGUGAAUCAAGUAACUAUACCACCAAAAGAAAAAGUAAUAUAUAAUAAACAAACGCAGACUGCUUCUACUGGUCAAGAAAAAGAAGGUCUGCCCGCUGCUGGUGCUCAUCCAUUGGAUUAUUAUGUCAUUCAUUGGGAUGAAGAAUGGGAUGAUGAAUUUCAAGUUCUCACAUAUGCUGAUAUGCCUGCUGAAGAUGAUGUUGAAGGAUCCUCCUUAACAUCUCAUGACAUGGAUACACCUCCUCCAUUAUAUACCCCAAGCCAUCGUCAUUCUCAUAAAGGAUUACCUCAUGUUGAAAUGGUUCGACCUGCUCAAGAUGGUAGUACUGUCAUUACACCUAGUUCAGAAUCAGCAAAAGAUGAGAAAAAGAAAG